AAAAAUGUUUACCUUUGUAGUUAGUAGACGUAACAGCCCCACGGGCGGCCACCGCCGAAUAACCCUCUCUCUUUCCACCACCCCCACCCCCUGAAAAAUCUAAUUUCUGCCCUAAUUUCCUAUAUUCACUCCUUCUAGAUUCAAUCUCACUAAAUCAGCUAUAUGCUGCCAAUCAACCACCCCUAACCUCCUUCAUCGUCUGCCUUCUCUUCUAUAUGGCUUCCACAGGCAAGUAUUCCCUCCUCUAUAUCCUCCUCUUAAUCUUCCACUUUUCAUACAUUAAAGCCUCCACAGAUCCCCAAGAUUCACCCGAUCUAACUCAAAUCCUUACCCUUUUGAAUUCACACAUACAUCAGUUAACUAUGCUCGAUGAGCUUGUCAAAAACCUAACCGAAUUGGUUACUAGAUUAGAACAACAACAACAACCUUGUAUCACCAGAGAUCAAAGCUCUGUUUCCUUAAACGACGCACCGGUAAUAUCCGAUUUGAAAGAAGGUGAUCAAAACGACGCCGUUAGGGAGGUGGGUUUAGUUACAGAAACUACAGAAACUAGAGUUGAACGGUUAGGUGCUGUCUCUGUUACUAAACAUAGUUUGUUUUGGUCUGAACGGUUUCAAUUUGUUUCUGCGGUGAAACUCGAUACGAAACCGACUUCGUUGAAUGUUUUGCCGUUUAAGGAUGCUGAGAGGUUGAGUAAGUACAUUGCUGUUGGUGAUGAUGUUGGGAAUUUGUAUGUGUUUACUCGAUACGGUGAGGUUAUGGUCCGGUUUGAUACGGGGACGGGUUGUUCUAUUACGUCGAUGGUGUCGUACCUUUCGGUUGUUAGGAAUGAGAGUAUUGUGGUUACAGGGCAUGAGAAUGGGGUUAUUUUGGUUCAUAAGGUUUGGGAGGUUCCGAAUGGGGAUGAGGUGUAUUCGGUUCAGAGGGAAACGGUUCGGAGACUAGAGCAAACGAGCGGGUUGGCGAUUAGUAUUUUGGAAGUUCAUCAUGUUGGGAGAAUGAGGUACAUUGUGUCGACGGAUGUUAGUGGGACGAUUAAGGUGUUUAAAGAGGGAGGGUCGGUUAUUGGUACGAUUGUUCCUGAUAAUCGUCCGCUCGUGUUCUUGAAGCAAAAGUUGUUGUUUUUGACGGAAACCGGUGCAGGGUCGUUAGAUUUGAGGUCUAUGAAGCUUAGAGAAGCGCCGUGUGAAGGGUUAAACGGAUCGCAUGCUUUGAAUUAUGUUUUUGAUGCGUCGGAUCGAGGGAAAGCGUACGGGUUUACUUCAGCAGGUGAAUUGGUGCAUCUGCUGAUUUAUGGUGACUCGAUGAAUUUCAAGUGUCGGGUACGGUCAAAGAAGAAGUUCGAUGUUGAUCAUGGACCGUUAGCGUUUGAGGCGAUUAAAGGUUACUUUCUUAUUGUCAGUCAAGAAAAGGUGUUUGUAUACAACGUUUCGUCUCAGCUUUAUGUGCGAGCGGGUUUACCACGUCUCGUGUUUUCAGCCGGACUUGAUGAAAUUGUAGCUUCGUUCUUGAACUAUCGAGCAAUGGGGCGAUUAGAUUCAAGAAAAUCCGAAGCUAGACCGUUAAUCGCUAGUGACCAUGAAAAGUUAGUGAUCUUAAGUUUAGGAAACGGGUAUAUCGGGAUGUAUCAUUCUAAUCUUCCCGUUACGAAAGGCGAAUUCAACACAAUGUUAUGGAGUACUCCUGUUUUGUUCUUUAUACUCUUUCUUUUUGUAGCAUGGCAUUUCUUUGCAAACAAGAAGGAAGCUUUGACUUCAUGGGGCCCGGAUGACCCGUUCACAAACGGGCCUCCAACGGUUCCUAACGAGAGAUCUUUCGGCGAUCCCACUUCAAGAACCCACGAUAUCAUGGAUAUGAGAAGCGGCGGUGGAGCUGCAGGUGGCGGGAGCAAUGGCGGUGAUGGUGGUAUAAGAGGGCUGCCAAGAAGGUAUGGUUCGCCAACACGGUACACGGGUGCUAGUUCAAACUCGUUUAGACCGACCGCUAUUGACCCGAACCCGCGACCUGGUACUGUGGACCCGGAUUUUAUAGGAUCGGAAUUGAAGUAUAGAGGGCCGAGUAUGGAAUCUAGCGGUUUUGGUAAAAGAAGAGAGGGUUUGUUUGUAAACAGUCAAGUUGUGGAUGAUCAUGGCAGUUAAGUGGUUAGAUUUUUGUGAUUGUAAGUUGUUUAAGAACGCAUAUUAAUGGUUUUACUAUGUAUUUGAUCGGUUAUUUCAGGAAGAAAGUAAUAAUCACAAGUUCUUAAGCAUAUAUUGCUAAGAUUCACAGGUCU